GCGCCCGGCCGACAAGUCCACUCUUAUGGGUGGUGCACACGUUUGCACAUGCACAAAUGUGCAACACAUCUGUGUGCAAAAUAUGCACAUAUCACACAUAUACACUGCAUAGAUUGCACAGUGCCACAUGUGUGCACGCCAACCCAUAUCCACACAUGUGCAAUGACACACUAUAUAUUUGCACAUAGACGUGCACACACAUGCACAUACACACUACACACAUGAGCACAUCACAAGGGGACACUGGGAAACACAUUCACAUUCACAGGCACCCACACCCUUGGCUCCAGCCUCAAAAGUGUCUCUGUGUUUUUCUGCGGGACUGUGGGGACACUGGCACCUCCAGAGGCCUGACCCCCUCCUGUCACUCUCACUCUUGACUGGCUUGUUUUGCUCAUUGCACUUGGCACCCUCUGCAUCCAUCUGAUUCCUUGUUGGCGCUCUGUCCCCUCUCACAUGGGGACCUUGUCUGUGUCUCCCAGUAUCCCUCCUCCCAGGUCUAGGCUGGCAUGAAGUGGGUGCACAUUGUGAAUUAAUGUCUGUGAGUGUGUAUACAAGAGAGGAGGUUACUGGGAAGGGUGACGUGGUGAAGGCAGGCCUGCCAAUGCAGGGUGACCCUGAGGGUGUGCCCAGUGGCGUGGGUGUGUCUGUGAUUGUGGCCAGGCGGGGCACCCUCGGAGGGGAGGGUUCGGAAGUGGAAUGCGACCCCCCAGCCUCUUUCCCCUAGGGGCUGUAAUCUGAUCCCUGGGGACUCCCCCCCUAGCCUCCCGCCCUCGCCCUCGCUGCCGACUCCUCUUCCAGAUCCUGGGGCAGAGUCCAGGGCAGCUCAAGACUCCUCCACACACACACCCGCUGAACCCUGAGCGCCCUGAGCUGCUGAGAUGGGGCGGGCCGGGGCCGCCGCCGUGAUCCCGGGCCUGGCCCUGCUCUGGGCAGUGGGGCUGGGGAGUGCCGCCCCCAGCCCCCCACGCCUUCGGCUCUCCUUCCAAGGCCAGGUCCUAAUGGCAACCUUGGCCCAUAGAGUCACCACCAGGCAGGACCUGGGGGAGGCUUCCAGCAUGGCUGGCGAGUCCUCAGCAGUGUCCUGCCCUGCAGAGCUCCAGGCCUGGCAUGGUCUCCAGACUUUCAGCCUGGAGCGAACCUGCUGCUACGAGGCCUUGCUGGUGGAUGAGGAGCGUGGACGCCUGUUUGUGGGCGCCGAGAACCAUGUGGCCUCCCUCAACCUGGACAACAUCAGCAAGCGGGCCAAGAAGCUGGCCUGGCCGGCCCCUGUGGAAUGGCGAGAGGAGUGCAACUGGGCAGGGAAGGACAUUGGUACUGAGUGCAUGAACUUCGUGAAGUUGCUGCAUGCCUACAACCACACCCAUUUGCUGGCCUGUGGCACAGGAGCCUUCCACCCAACCUGUGCCUUUGUGGAAGUGGGCCACCGGGCAGAGGAGCCCGUCCUCCGGCUGGACCCAGGAAGGAUAGAGGAUGGCAAGGGGAAGAGUCCUUAUGACCCCAGGCAUCGGGCUGCCUCCGUGCUGGUGGGUGAGGAGCUAUACUCAGGGGUGGCAGCAGACCUCAUGGGACGAGACUUUACCAUCUUUCGCAGCCUAGGGCAACGUCCGAGUCUCCGAACAGAGCCACACGACUCCCGCUGGCUCAAUGAGCCCAAGUUUGUCAAGGUAUUUUGGAUCCCGGAGAGCGAGAACCCAGACGACGACAAAAUCUACUUCUUCUUUCGUGAGACGGCGGUAGAGGCGGCGCCGGCACUGGGACGCCUGUCCGUGUCCCGCGUUGGCCAGAUCUGCCGGAACGACGUGGGCGGCCAGCGCAGCCUGGUCAACAAGUGGACGACGUUCCUGAAGGCGCGGCUGGUGUGCUCGGUGCCCGGCGUCGAGGGCGACACCCACUUCGAUCAGCUCCAGGAUGUGUUUCUGUUGUCCUCGCGGGACCACCGGACCUCGCUGCUCUAUGCCGUCUUCUCCACGUCCAGCAUCUUCCAGGGCUCUGCGGUGUGCGUGUAUAGCAUGAACGACGUGCGCCGGGCCUUCCUGGGACCCUUUGCACACAAGGAGGGGCCCAUGCACCAGUGGGUGUCAUACCAGGGUCGCGUCCCCUACCCGCGGCCAGGCAUGUGCCCCAGCAAGACCUUUGGCACCUUCAGUUCCACCAAGGACUUCCCAGACGAUGUCAUCCAGUUUGCGCGGAACCACCCCCUCAUGUACAACUCUGUCCUGCCCAUUGGGGGGCGCCCUCUUUUCCUACAAGUUGGAGCCAAUUACACCUUCACUCAAAUUGCCGCGGACCGGGUUGCAGCCACUGACGGACACUAUGACGUCCUCUUCAUUGGCACAGACGCUGGCACGGUGCUGAAGGUGAUCUCGGUCCCCAAGGGCAGUAGGCCCAGCGCAGAGGGGCUGCUCCUGGAGGAGUUGCAUGUGUUUGAGGACUCGGCCGCUGUCACCAGCAUGCAAAUUUCUUCCAAGAGGCACCAGCUGUACGUAGCCUCGCGGAGCGCGGUGGCCCAGAUCGCGUUGCACCGCUGCGCUGCCCACGGCCGCGUCUGCACCGAAUGCUGUCUGGCGCGUGACCCCUACUGCGCCUGGGACGGGGUCGCGUGCACGCGCUUCCAGCCCAGUGCCAAGAGGCGGUUCCGGCGGCAAGACGUAAGGAAUGGCGACCCCAGCACGUUGUGCUCCGGAGACUCGUCUCGUCCCGCGCUGCUGGAACACAAGGUGUUCGGCGUGGAGGGCAGCAGCGCCUUUCUGGAGUGUGAGCCCCGCUCGCUGCAGGCGCGCGUGGAGUGGACUUUCCAGCGCGCAGAGGUGACAGCCCGCACCCAGGUGCUGGCAGACGAGCGCACCGAGCGCACCGCCCGAGGACUACUGCUGCGCAGGCUGCGGCGCCGGGACUCGGGCGUGUACUUGUGCGCCGCCGUCGAGCACGGCUUUACGCAACCGCUGCGUCGCCUGUCGCUGCACGUGUUGAGUGCUACGCAGGCCGAACGGCUGGCGCAGGCCGAGGAGGCUGCGCCCGCCGCGCCGCCGGGCCCCAAACUCUGGUACCGGGACUUUCUGCAGCUGGUGGAGCCGGGCGGCGGUGGCAGCGCGAACUCCCUGCGCAUGUGCCGCCCGCAGCCUGCGCUGCAGUCACUGCCCCUGGAGUCGCGGAGGAAGGGCCGUAACCGGCGGACCCACGCCCCUGAGCCUCGCGCUGAGCGGGGGCCGCGCAGCGCAACGCACUGGUGACCGGACUGUCCCCACGCCGGGAACCAAGCAGGAGACGACAGGCGGGAGAGGAGCCAGACAGACCCUGAAAAGACGGACGGGUUGGGGCCGGGCACAUUGGGGGUCACCUGCCGAUGGAGACACCAACCGACAGGCCCUGGCUGAAGGCAGCUGCGCGGGCUUAUUUAUUAACAGGAUAACCCUUGAAUGUAAGCAGCCCCGGGAAGGGCGGCACAGGUCGGGCGCAGGAUUCAGUCGGGAGGGAAGGGACGGCGAAGCCGGGCUCCAGAGCAACGACCAGGGCCGAGGAGGUGCCUGGAGUGCCCACCCUGGGGGACAGACCCCACCUCCUUGCGUAGUGAGCAGUGAGCAGAAAGCUGUGAACAGGCUGGGCUGCUGGAGGUGGGGCGAGGCUGGCCGACUGUACUAAAGUAACGCAAUAAACGCAUUAUCAGCCAAAGCUGGAAUGGCCCCAGCAGACAACCCCAG